AUGCGUGACCCCCACGAAAGACAGUUUUUUAGGAUGAGUAGAACUGGAGGUCCUCUUGUCGACGAGUUUGAUCAUAUCGUUGGAAUCCUCAUCGAGGAAAAAAAGGACGACUCGGAAAAAAGGACUGCAUUGUUCACCAGAGUCGCGUCGUUCAUGAAGUUCAUCGACAAAGUUUUACGCGAUGCAUCUAAAAAACGAAUCUGCACCGAGAAUGAUUUGCCAAAGUACGUCGUUUCCAUCGAAAAGAUACUCGACGACGGGACCCAACGUCUAUGCGGUGGUGCCAUAAUUGACAAGUUUCACGUAAUCACCGCGGCCCACUGCGUGUACGGGUACAACACUUCUCAGUUGUUUAUACGCACUCACAGGAUGUACAAGAAUUUGUGCCACCAUGAGAUCACUGAAAAUUUUGUUGAAAAAACUAAAUGGCACCCGAGGUAUAAAAACUCAAGCGCCAGGUCUCAUUUGUACGACAUUGCUGUAUUAAAGGUAACCAAAGCUUUCGACUUGGACAGCAAACAUGUCAGGAUACUCAAUUUACCUUCGAAAAACAAAAGAGAAGAAAAUUCCACAAUAGUACGUUUCACUGGUUUUCGUCGAAACUAUGCUUCUUGCAUUACCUUUGGAAGCAUGUUAAUGCCACUGAAAAAAUGCAAAAAGUACAGACCUGUAACGGCAACCAAUAGUCACGUGUGCACUAAACCUGAAGAUAAUGUUGGUUACGGGUGGAUCGACAACGAUGGAGGUCCUCUUGUUGAUAUAAAUAAUAAUAUCAUUGGAAUCCGCAUUCGGCCCAAAAACUCACACAAAUUGCCUGCAUUGUACACCAAAGUUGCAUUUUUUAUGAGGUUUAUCAAAAAGGUUUUGCGUAGAAAUUAUUAG